CCAUCGCAUCAUAUCCUGUUAAUGCUGUACAGUCGUGUAGGAAGAGACGUUCUUUCGAGAGUUAUUGACUGUAUUGAUUGUGGGCGGGGCUACAGACGAGCGGCUGAUGAUCAGUGACUGACAGGUGUCAGGAGCUUCUGCUGAUUGAUCGUGAUGGAAUCACUGAUAUGUCGUCUGCUGUUCUUCACGCUGAUCAUUCAUCAUGUGUCGUCCGGAGAUCAACGCACGGUGUUUCGCUCUGGUCGGCGGGCGAACAUGCUGCUCCAGCGCUCCAGACGGGCGAAUUUGUUCCUGCUGGAGGAGAUCCUGCAGGGGAAUCUGGAGCGCGAGUGCUUUGAGGAGAAAUGCAAUAAAGAAGAGGCCCGAGAAUACUUCGAGGACGACAAGAAGACAAAUGAGUUCUGGACCAAAUACUACGAUGGAGAUCAGUGCAGAUCCAACCCGUGUAAACACGGCGGCACGUGCAAGGACGGGAUCGGCGGCUACACCUGCACGUGCACCGACAUGUACAGCGGCACCGACUGUCAAACUGAUAAAUCCCAGUGUCCGUCUGCCGGGCCUUUAGCGUGCGAGCACUUCUGCAAACCGACGGCAGGCGCGUAUCGCUGCUUCUGCGCGCGAGGAUUCGUGCUUCACAGCAACGGCCGGAGCUGCUCGCCUCAAGUUCAGAACCCGUGUGGGACGACAGAGACGUCCAGCUUCUGUCCUGAUGGACGCUGCCCGUGGGAGGUGCGGUUCGUGAACGGCAGCGGUGAAGUCAUCUGUCACGGUGUGAUCGUGGGCCGUAAGUCUGUGCUGACGUCAGCCGUGUGUAUGUCGGCGCUGCAGGAGCGGCACGUCAGUCUCGCGGUCCGCGACUCCAGCACAGCGUUGCGCGUCUCCAGCUGGACGCCUCACAAGCGGUACGCGUCCGGUCCGGAGGACGAUCUGGCCUUCCUGGAGCUGAAGGAGCCUUUUCCACAGAACAUGUCCAUCAUCCCGCUCUGCCUGCCGGAGAAAGACUACAGCGAGAACAUCCUGAUGAAGGCCGGCCGAGAGGGCGUGGUCAUGGGCGGACCCAGCCACUCUUACCUCUCAUUGGACGACUGUCGUGACUCCCUCAACCUCACGUUCUUAAUGACCAACAAGAUGUUCUGCAUGGCGUCCGACGCUCCCGUCCGCAGCAGACUGAUGAAGUGUGAGGUGAAGUCCGGGAGUCCCGUCGCCACAGUGGAGGGGAAGACGGCGUUCCUGACGGGCGUGUCUCUGUCGGACUGCGAUAAAGGACUCGUGUUCACCAAACUGUCCCGAUACCUGCACUGGCUCCGGCCGCUGCUGCACGCGUCCGAGAAAGAACUACAGCAAUGAUGAUCUAAGAAUCAUGUGUGGGUCGUAUUUCACUGCAAAAUAACAAUAUGAUGAACGUGUCCAGCUUGAAUGUUUUAUACUGACGUGUUUUAGGCGGCAUUAAAUAAAACGAUCAAACAUA